CUAAUAAAAAAUAUCGAGUAGCAACUACCAAUUACCCAUUCCUUCUUAUUUUAUCGCUAGUCGUUACCAAAAGGCAAACACAGAGCACUUUCUCGCGGUUGUUAUGCAUAGUUCUUCUGAUCUCCACAUUUUCUCAAACACCUGGUAGUGAAAUUUGAAUUUGGAGAUGGAGUCUUUGAAAUCCUCGUUCCUCUACUCUACGCCACUGCUACCUCCACACCACACCAAGAAGAAGAAGACAAAGAACUACAACAAACCCAUUCGCAGUUACACCCCAUCCCAUGAAGUACACCGUGACCCAUGGUCCCCCCACAUCGGCGACCCAGCCAAACCCAAACCAGAUUACCUCAGACCUAAAGCCCCUCUCUCCGACAACAACGCACGCCGCAUAAUCAAGGGUAAAGCUCGGUAUCUCAGCGCUCUAAGGAGGAACCAAGGUCCUAAAGCUCAAACUCCUCGUUGGAUUAAGAGAACUCCUGAACAGAUGGUUCAGUAUUUGAAAGAUGAUCGUAAUGGUCAGUUGUAUGGAAAACACGUGAUUGCUGCAAUUAAGAAGGUUCGUGCUCUUUCUGAAUUGUCUGAUGGGGUGUAUGAUAUGAGGGUGGUUAUGGGUUCUUUUGUUGGGAAGCUUACUUUCAAGGAGAUGUGUGUUGUGCUUAAGGAGCAAAAGGGGUGGAGACAAGUUAGAGAUUUCUUUGGCUGGAUGAAAAUGCAGCUGAGCUACCAUCCGAGUGUUAUUGUCUACACUAUUGUGUUGCGCCUAUAUGGGCAAGUUGGAAAGCUUAAUCUGGCGGAAGAAAUCUUCUUGGAGAUGCUCGAUACAGGUUGUGAGCCAGAUGAGGUGGCUUGUGGUACCAUGCUCUGUUCUUAUGCUAGAUGGGGGCGCCAUAAGUCCAUGUUAUCUUUCUAUUCGGCUGUGAAAGAAAGGGGAAUAAUUCUAUCAGUUGCUGUCUUCAACUUUAUGCUAUCAUCUUUGCAAAAGAAAUCACUCCAUAGAGAGGCUGUUCUGGUGUGGAGGGAUAUGGUAAGAAAUGGGGUAGUACCUAAUUAUUUUACUUAUACAGUAGUCAUUAGUUCUCUUGUCAAAGAAGGGCUGCACAUCGAUGCUUUCGAGACUUUUGAUGAGAUGAAGAAUAGAGGAUUUGUCCCUGAGGAAUCAACUUAUAACUCACUCAUAAAUUUAAAUGCUAAAAAUGAAAACAGAGAUCAAGUGCAAAGACUGUAUGAUGAUAUGAGGUUUCAUGGAGUAACUCCCAGUAAUUACACUUGCGCUACCCUUAUAUCUUUGUAUUACAGAUACGAAGAUUACUCUAGAGUCCUCUCUCUCUUUUCUGAAAUGGCAAGAAACAAAAUUCCAGCUGAUGAAGUCAUAUAUGGUUUGCUUAUAAGAGUUUAUGGAAAGCUUGGUUUAUACGACGAUGCUUGCAAAACAUUUGAAAAGAUAAAGUACGAAGGCCUACUGACCAAUGAGAAGACAUAUUUGGCAAUGUCACAAGUCCAUCUUGCUUCAGGAAAUGUCGACAAAGCUUUAGAAGUUAUUGGACUCAUGAAGUCUAAAAACCUACAUUUCUCUCGAUUUGCUUAUAUUGUCCUGUUACAGUGUUACGUGAUGAAAGAAAAUGUAGUAUCAGCUGAAGGAACAUUUUUAGCUCUAUGCAAGACAGAGCUCCCCGAUGCCGGUUCUUAUAAUGAUAUGCUUAGACUGUAUGUAAGACUUAAUUUGAUGAACAAGGCGAAGGAGUUUAUUGCUCAAAUAAGGAAGGACGGGACACAAUUUGAUGAGGAGCUUUACAGGACAGUCAUGAAGGUUUAUUGCAAGGAGGGAAUGCUGCCGGAAGCUGAGCAGUUGACAAAUCAAAUGGUUAAGCAUGAAUCUCUCAAAAAUUGUAAAUUCUUCCAGACAUUUUAUUGGAUUCUUUGUGAACAUAAGGAGGAUGUGCAAAUCGAUGAUAAACUAGUCACCACAAAGCCCACUGACAAACUUGAUACUACAGCUCUUGGGAUGAUGCUCCGUGUAUAUCUGACAAAUAACAACUUCAGUAAGACAAAAAUGUUACUGAAACUAUUGCUGGGUUGUGCAGGGGGAUCAAAUAUUGUUUGUCACUUCAUCAUUAGUUUGACUAAAGACGGAGAAAUCAGAAAAGCAGAAUCACUCAACCACCAGUUGAUUACCCCUGGCUGCAGAAUGGAAGAAGUCACUGCAGCUUCUUUAAUUAGCCAUUACGGGAAUCAACAUAUGCUCAAACAAGCUGAGGAUAUUUUUGCAGAAUAUGUAAAUUCUCCAACGUAUAGUAAACUAUUUUAUAACUCUAUGAUUGAUGCAUAUGCCAAAUGUGGCAAACAAGACAAAGCGUAUUUGUUAUAUAAGCAAGCAACAGAGGAAGGACAUGAUUUAGGUGCCGUUGGUAUUAGCAUUGCUGUAAAUGCUUUGACAAAUCAAGGAAAACAUCGGGAAGCCGAGAAUAUUAUCUCUCAUAGCCUUGAAGGAAACUUGAAACUUGAUACUGUUGCUUAUAAUACGUUUAUCAAAUCCAUGCUUGAAGCAGGAAAAUUGCAUUUUGCAUCUAGUAUUUUUGAGCGCAUGUGUACCAAUGGCAUCACUCCAUCAAUUCAAACAUAUAACACUAUGAUAAGUGUCUACGGAAAAUAUCAAAAGUUGGACAGAGCUGUGGAGAUGUUCAACAAAGCUUGCUCAUUAGGUGUCCCUUUGGAUGAAAAAGCAUAUAUGAAUUUGAUAGGCUAUUAUGGGAAAGCUGGUAUGAUAGACAAAGCUUCACAGUUGUUUAGUAAAAUGCAAGAAGAAGGAAUUAAACCUGGAAAGAUCAGCUAUAAUAUUAUGAUAUACGUAUAUGCAAAUGCUGGAGUUCAUCAUGAAGUAGAGAAACUUUUCCAGGCCAUGCAGAGAGAAGGUUGUUUGCCCGAUUCUUCCACCUAUCUUUCACUAGUCCAAGCAUAUACGAAAAGCCUAAAUUACUCCAAAGCUGAGGAAACCAUAUAUGCUAUGCAGAGCAAGGGCAUUUCACCAUCCUGUGCCCAUUUUAAUAUUUUGCUCUCAGCAUUCAUAAAUGCCGGGAUGAUUGAUGAAGCCAAGAGGGUAUAUGUGGGAAUAUCAACUUUUGGUUUAAUUCCCGAUCUCAUAUGUUAUCGAACAAUUCUGAAAGGUUACCUGAAAUAUGGACUCGUGGAAGAAGGAAUCAACUUUUUUGAAAGUAUACACAAAUCAACAAAAGGGGACAGGUUCGUCAUGAGUGUAGCUGUACAUUUAUAUAAAUCUGCAGGAAUGGAAAGCCAGGCUAAUGAAAUAUUGAGUUUAAUGAACAAGAUGAGGAUUCCUUUCCUCAAAAAACUUGAAGUGGGAUCGGCUAAGAGAGUGAAAGUUCCUUGAGAUAUAAACUACUUCAAAAAUGCAUGUAUGCUUGAGAAGCAAUAUGGUACAGAGAAGAGCUGACAAUGAUCGUCAGGUUUGUAUAUAUAACUUAAUUGACAAUGAUGACGAUGGAACCCUGACUAUAGCUCUGCAUUACUGCUGGCAACAAUAAUUGAACAAUUUGAAGUCUUAGUUCAAAAUGUACUUUUGUUGUUAAUGACGAGGACCCGGGCCACUUUCAUUGUCCAGUGAAUUCUGUAUACGCCAGGAAAGUGUUUAUUCUACCUCCCAAUUAAAGGAUGUUGAACCAAGGAGUAACAUGUGCAACUAUUAUGAUAAGAGUGUGUUUAGUGGGGCUACUUGUGAACAUUUGGGGUUCACGAGUGGGGACUGCAAGUGUUAUGUAACAGAAAGUGAAAAUCCCAGUGUAGACCAGAAAUUUACACCCGUGUACAGAGAUUUAUAUAUUCAUUGAAAUUCCAUAUUCAAUAACCACAUGUAAGGUCAAUUAUCAGUUUCAACAUAAUACUUGUGAUUGAGAAAAUUCUACUUUCAAAAUAAUCCAGGACAAUACACAGAUUAAGAUAUUAAGAGACAUGAUUUUGAGAAGCGA